CACUCGCACCUAGUCAGUAGUCCAUCAUCAUCACAAUUAAUUAACAUAAAAUCAUUAUGGAAGUUCUCUGUCUUAACAAUCUUGCCCUAUCAUCCACCCUUCACCGCCGCACACUCUCCGGCAAGAAACUCCUCCACCUGAAAUCUUCCCACAAAACUCCCACCGCUCCUCCCCAGAGACUCGUAGGCCCACGUGCCGCCGCCCCAAGACGGUCAAUCCAUGCAAAGGUUUCUGCCCGGCCGGUAAACGCCCCAGCCGCCGCCGCCGCAGUGCCGAAGUACACCCCGGACGAGCUGGUGUACGAGGUGGGAAAGCUGAUUCCGAACAAGGACGUGGGCGUGAACGUGACGGUGGACCUGGGCGAGUACGUGAGGGAAAUCGAGGGGUCAAAGGUGUACGACGUGGCGGUGGAGUCCCCGCUGGAGAGGGAGGCUCUGCUCUCCGACGAAGACGACCUCGGCGUCUCGUACUGGCUCAAGAGAGACGACCAGCAGUCUGUAUGCACGCACGCAUGGCUCAAUUCAAGAGAAUUAAACUAGCUGUUUGAUGAUUAAUGAUUAGUUUGUGUAGAAAUGUAAUGAAUGAUAUAUAUGUGUGUGCAUGCAGGUGUUUUCAUUCAAGCUUAGAGGGGCGUACAAUAUGAUGUCAAAGCUGAGUGAGGAAGAACUGGAAAGAGGAGUGAUAACGGCAUCUGCAGGGAAUCAUGCGCAAGGGGUGGCAUUGGCUGCCCAGAGAUUGGGCUGCACCGCUAUCAUUGUCAUGCCUGAAACCACCCCCUGCAUUAAGAAACAAGCGGUGGAGAGACUGGGCGGCACAAUUGACCCGCACGGGCAGUCGUUCGACGAGGCCCGGCUUUACGCCCUGGAAAGGGCCGAGAAGGAGAACCUCGUCUUCAUUCCUCCCUACGACGACAGAGAAAUAGUGGUGGGCCAGGGGACCGUCGCUCUGGAGAUCGCGAAACAGGCGGCGAAGGACGACGACUUGCACGCGAUAUUCGUGCCCAUCGGCGGCGGCGGCCUCGUCUCCGGCAUUGCCGUCUACAUGAGGGCCCUCUUCCCCGACGUGAAGAUCAUCGGCGUGGAGCCCUCCGGCGCCUGCGGCAUGGCCCUGUCCUUCCAGAAGCGAGAGCGGGUGGAGCUGGAGUACACCGACACUUACGCCGACGGUGUCGCGGUGGCGCUCGUCGGCGAGGUCACUUACGAUCUUUGCAAGCAGCUCGUUGACGGGGUCGUCGUUGUCGAGGAUAAAGAUAUCGCUGAGGCCAUAAGGGACGUGUACUUUGAGAAGAGGAGUAUAUUAGAGUUCUCAGGGGCUCUGGCCCUGGCGGGAGCAAAGGCUUACCGGAACUACGGUUCUCAGGCGGAAUCGGUGAGGGGCAAAAACCUAGUGGCGGUGGCCAGCGGAGCUAACCUUGAUUUUCCUAAACUGGUUGAUGUGGUUGACAUGGCCGGUCCCGGCUGUGAAGAAGAAGCUGUUUUGGCCACCAAAUUGCCUGAGCAACUCGGUAGCUUCAAGCGGUUCUGCGAACUUGUGAGGCCUUUGAAUAUUAGUGAAUUGAAAUACAGAUAUGAUUCCAGCAAAGAAAAAGCACUAAUACAGUACAGCGUGACAUAUCAUGCACAGGCAGAACUUGAUGCAAUGUUGGAAAGAUUGAGAGCAGCUCAACUGGAGACUGUCAAUGUUUCAGAUCAAAACUUGUUUUUAAGGCAUUUGAAAUAUUUGGUGGGGGGCGGGCAGUCAAAAGUAGAGAACGAGCUUCUUUGUUGGGUUAAGCUCCCUGAUGGGCCGGGCGCUUUCUUGAAGCUUUUGAACGCUUUAGAUUCGCGUUGGAACGUAACUUUGGCUCAUUUCAAGUCAAAGGGAUCGGUAGAGGGGAAUGUAUUGGUUGGCAUUCAAGCAAGUGAGCCCGAGAAAAGGGUGUUUCGUGACCUUACAAAGAGUAUAGGGUACCCUUGCAAAUUCUAUCCCAAGCACGAAUCUCUAGAGUUUCUAAUUGGAUAAAACGUGACGAGGUUGCGUCGAGGUCCGCCAAGUGUUUCAAGAAUAAAUGAAUAAAUGGCCAUUCCAACACCCUUCAUCACCUUUUGAAGUGUGUUUGGGCCUUUGAUUGUACCCUACUUGGAGUUAUCUGGCUACUAUGUACAAUAAAUGGUUAUCCAUGAUGUUAUGAAUUAAUGCUUGUGUUUUAUCGAGCUACUAUGUAAAAUAAAUGAUUUCCCAUGAUGCUAUGAAUAAAUACUUGUGUUAUUG